UCAAAAUUAGUAAUUCGCAGGUUAAAUAGGUUCCCCAAAAUUUUAGGCCUAAAAUUGGCUUCCCUAUUGAAAUAGCAAAUCGCAGGUAAAACAAGUUCACCUUUUGUUUUGAUUUUUAAUGUCAGCCAGCAUUUCGUGAUUAUGUAUAUUUAGCAAAUACUUAAAUUUUUUAAGACUGCGGCCUCGCAUUUCUGCAAGAAUUUGCUGUUAUCUUUCCAAUUUAUGGUUGGGCAAUUUAGCCAAGUGUGUUUUUAUAUUUAUUUUUUCCUCUUAAAUAGCUCACACUAGUCAAAAUCUACACCUAUUCUUUAUGUACAUCCAUUAGCCUUAAUUAACACGAGUCGCAAAUUCCGAAAAAUGAUUUUUUUUUCAUUUUGAAAAACAAAAACAAGCUUUUUUCAUAAUUACAUCUUUCUUUUCUGCUGAGCAGAUAAAUUCAAAUUACAAUUUAUACAAUUGACCGAUAAAGUUUUCAGACGACGUUUAAGAGCUCUUAGAUCUCUUGAUUAAUCUACCUCAAGCCAAGCCGCCUGCUGAAAGAAUCAAGACUGUUCUUGCGGAAAGUCAGAACUUGAUCGACUAAACAACACAAAUCCAGAAAAUUUGUCUAUAAACAUUUUGUUUACCUCAAAUUACCUGCGAUCUUUAGCAGUUAUCCGUUGAUUCUUGUCUGAUAAAAGUUCGACAAAUUUGAGUUCAAAUUUUAGCAAUUAUCAUUUUGUCAAGAUUCUGAGCAUUUUCCUUAUUUCAAAAAUCACAUUUUUGACCUGACCUUUAACCCUUUUAGAUUUGUUAUUCUGGAAAUUUUUUUGUCACGAUUAUGAUCUUAUUUGAUCAAAAACUCAAAGUUCCUCUGAUAUGUUCUGUGAUUGAGUAUCCAAUAAUAGCAAUUUCGAACAUCAUUUUUGGAUUUGAACUUACCGAUUAUAGUUAUUGGUUAUAAUAAUCUUGGAGCCUUGAAUUUAUCUCCAGCGACUUAACUCAAUUGUUAUCGUGAGUUGAACGCACUUGUCUUGUUUUUCUAACUUGGUCAAAAACUGCUUUAAAAACAAAAACAUCAAAGUUAUCGAGUUUAUAAUAACUUUAUCAUAUUCAUAACUUACCUGUAGAUGUUUUGUUUUUAUUUUAUUGCUUCAAUCAAUCUCGCGUAGGAGACUGAAAAACAGUCAUUCUUUUGUGUUUUAUUCGUUUUUCGAGCUUUCGUGACGCCAGAAAAUUCAGAAGUAAUUAGCCAGAACACAAGUUAAAAAAUAUAUCUUCAAUUUUACCAUUUGCUUUUACUUACUGGCGAGCUUUGGUUUUUAUUUAACUUUGGUGUUCUGGAGUUACAUUUUUACCAAUCUGUACCAAAAUACCUUUCUGACUAAAAUUGAUUAGUUGUAAUUUUAGCUACUGAGCUGCUAGCUGUGCUUAAGCGUCAUAGCUCAGUUUUUUAUGGUUUUAGCCAAAAUAAUUCAAACCAUUAAGACAAUAAAAGUCAAUAAGGACAACGUAGGUUGAAUUAUGCAGCUUGUUUUUCUGACGAGUUUCCACAAUAGUUUAUUUUUAGCAAUGCCGAGUUAAAAAAACUCGACCAAGGAAAAAAAUCAUUCUUUUUCAGUAUUCCUUUACAUUCAGAUUCAGUUAGUAAAUUGUUUUAAAAAAAUCAAAUUUCAUUUAGAUUCCAAAAUGCAGCAGGCUGCUUACCAAGAGUUCUUAGCCCAAAAUGGAAUUUACCCUGGCAGUUUACCCCAAAACGCUCAGCCAAGUCAAACAAACCCUUACGCCCAUCAAAACAACUACUGUUACCAAACCCCUUCGAUAACACGUGCCCAAUUCUACACCGAUUACCAAGCCCUAGAAAAACCGAAAAAGCCUCAAAAAGGAAAGAGUUUGGGCAGCGCCUAUCCCAGAAAAUCUUCAGAUUAUGUCGAUUUUUCAAAAGUGAACACACGUGAAAAAAAGGAAAGUUCACACCAAAAGGUCAACGUUUCAAAAGCACCUCAAGCUAAUUUUGGUUGCAUUCAAGAGGCAGCUAGCCGAACAGCAGCAAGUUGCGAAAACUUAUCCUCGACCCAAGCUUGGAAUUGCGUCGAGCAAGGUCAUUGCGUUCAUCAUAACAAGAAGAAAAAGUCGAAAUUUCUCCCAAAAUUAAUUCCCAACUUUUUCCGAAGGAGAAAUAAGUCAAAGCACGAGAAAGGAGAAGAAGUUUUCAUUGCAGUUCAGAAUUUGCCGAAUUUGAGAAAACGAUCUUGCACGAUUAAUAAUUGCGAGUCAAUGGAACAAUUGUACGACACUCCAGCCUACGAAACUCGUGACUUCCUCGAAAAUCGAUGUGGCAACGCGUGCAGCCGAGUGCCACCUCUACAUCCCGGCAACAACCCGACUCCAACCAACGGUCUCGUCAGCCAAUCAGAUUGCUUGAAUCACUUGCAACCUUUAUACAUGUCGUCGGCUCAGCAGCCGUAUUGCGACCGAAGCAACGUGAGAUACAUGCAACCCACUAGUAUUCAACACUCGAGAAAUCAUUCGUUCGGGAAUCACUCGUACUACAAAGACCCAAACUCGAAUCAACCGAUUGUUUUCCAAGCCGAAGAUCCUAUUCAAGUUGACAAACUAGUUUAUUACCCAAUUAUAACAACCGAUCGGUCUAAUACAUACGUAACGUAUUACCCAAGCACGCAUCAAACAGUCGAGCCAAAUCGUCGAGAUUAUCAAGCUGCUAGUUUUACGAAUAAUUACAUUGAUUUGAACGCGCAUUCGAACCAGGUUUAUGAGAGUAAUUUCACGAAUAGCGGUGUUAAUAGUAGUACUAAUAAUUCGGUCCAGCAAAAUCAUUAUGGUACAAGUGCUUGUUUGCAGCAUCAGAAUCAUCAUCAACAGCGAAAACAACAACAACAACAACAACAGAUAAAUAAAAACUUGUCAAACGUUGUCGCUACAACUCAUAACCAUCAUAAUCAAAGCCAGAUGCAAAACCCAACUUACGGUUCAAAACGGGUUGUAGAAAAAAAUCAGCCUAUUCAUCAACAUCAUCAUCAACAACAACAACAACAACAGCAUCAACAAAAUCUUUUGGUGCCUAAAAGCUACCAGCAAAGUGAUUACAUGUAUCGUGAUUUCUCUGCUGAAAACCAAAAUGGACUUCAAAAACCUUCGGAAAAAUGUCGAAUGGAACCGAAUAAAACUUCAAGUCCUGUGAUUUUUGCCAACGAAAAUGUUCAAAACUUGACAAGCGAAACCGAUUUGAACAAUGAACAUACGCAAGAAUCAAUGACAAGCUGCAACGAACGAAAAAUGCGAAGUCCGAAAGUUACUUCGUCCAACGAAAGUUCCGAUAACGUUUUCCACGGCCCAGAAGCACAUCAAAACUCAACAGCCCAAAAAGGUGGAUUUUCACGUCAAGGCGCUAGCGGUCCCUUAAAUUCAACAAGGGAUUCCAAAAACAGCCGUCGAUCCCACAAAUCUCACAACCACCCGAGUUCAUCCUCAAAGCAACGAGUGCUAUCCUUGGAAAAUUUCAUCGCCGCCACAAACAACCAUUCAGUUUCGUCAUCACCAGAACAUAAAAGCAGCGGUUACGCAACACUCGAUACUGCCAAUUCCUUAUUGGUCAACCAAUCCUCGCCUCGAAUCGCGUCAGCCAAUCAGAAUCCAGUAAAUAUCAGCCAAUCAAAUCACUCAAAUUUAGACGUGGUUGUUAGCAGUACAAAUACGCCCACACCUCGGAGCGCUUCGGCGACAACGUUGCAAGCGCAUUCUCAAGGCGGGUCCGCGUUGCCGACACCAAAUCUGAGGACCAAUCGGCAAGCACGAGUACCGCUCGGUGAUAUCCGGAAGCAAUCCUCGUCAAAUCACAGAGCCGAUGUUCGCGAAGCCGAAAGUAUCAACGGUCGACAAGAUUCGAAAUGUACUCAAACCUAUCCUGAAGUUACGGCUCAAGUUUCUGCCAAGUCGUCGUUAUACGUUCCGCAAUCUUUGCCAUCAACGAACCCAAAUUUUCGACUUAGAAAGUCUUCGGUCAGUGAAGCGAUUGCAGAAUCACCAACACCAAAAUCACCUGUAAAAUCACAUCAAGUUAAAUACUACUUCGAUUUUAGUUUAGCAUCCGCCCAACCGAAUCACCUUAAGCAGAACUCAUCCCAACAACAUUCCAGACAAAAUACCGAAACUUAUAAAUAUCUGCCAAAUGGGAGCGUCGACUCUCCGCCCCCGACAACAAGUAAAAACCACGGGCGGUCUGCGCCCGCGUCGCCAGUUUUGGGCGAAAGGUUCUUGAAAAAUUCUAGUAAUUUGCUUUCGACUAAAUCGACUCAUAAUCCAAGAGAACCAGAUUACUCAACCAUAACGUCUAAACAUUGCCAACGAAAUCAGUACCUCGAAACGAAAUUCGAUGUCACUGGUAAACAAUUUGAUCAAAUGAAAUGUAUACAAGAUAAACAAAAUGCAGAUGUGACUUCUAGUGGAUCAUUUUAUCGAGGUUCCGAGAUCGAUUUCAAAAAACUGCACCAGUUUUUUGACAGUCAAGGUGCCAGUAGUAGUACAUUACGUCAGUUCAGAAAGAAAAACAGGAGUUCAACUAACAACCCAGAGGACCUAGGUUCGGUUCCCGACGUGGGCGACCCUAGACCGUUACCUUAUGCUGGUGUUAUUUCUCAGCAAGGAUUGGUCGAAAAUAAUUUCCAUAACCCGCCAAUGACAGAUUUCGAGAAAACGUUACUGGUCCUAAAUUGGCUUAUGGAAUGCCAAAAAGAGAUAAACUUGGAAAAAGUUUGCUACUUUUGACAAAAUAAAGAAAAAAACUGAAAAAAAUGUUAGACAAUCAAUCAGUUUCAUACUAUUUUGAAGUAGAUUUAUGUGAUUUAGUUUUUUUUAAUGUUGCAAAAUAAGUGUUCAAUUUUUUAUCAAAACUUACUCAGAAGUACUUGUUAAUAUUUUGUUUAUACGCCUUGAUUUGGUGUGCCUUUUAGAGCUUAUAAAGUU